UAUGUAACCAUAAAUUUACUUUACAGAUUAGAGAAACUAUGUCUAAAGAAUUGGCUUAUAAAUUCAAAUUCACACAAUACUUAUACUCUACGUUCAAAUUAUUUCGAUCUAUUUACCUAUUUUAGAACAUUUUGGUUAUUUUCUUGGAGCAUUAAAACAUAUUUAUUUGUUGCCCAAUAAAAAAAAAACUUGUUUGUAACCUAUUCUUUGUUGUGGUUUUGUUAAAGUUCAAAUUGAACCAUGGAGUUUGCUGAAGCAAUACCGGUGACUUUUAAAGAAAUAACUCCAAAUCAUAAUAUUCCUGAAAAAUGGAAGGAAAUAGUUUUAAAUACAGGUGGUACUCACAGUACUUUGCAAGACAUCAAGUUAUCUCAAAAAGGUGGUGGAUAUUGGUACAAAGAUUCAAUUAAGGCCAAUACGAGAAAUCGAUUCUUAUACUGGCAAACAACAUCAGAUGCUAUAGAACUAUCAGAGGCAUCCCUAGAUGUAAAUCUAUCAGGUUCUAAUUUAAGGUGCAAAGUGGCACCUGGCACUCCUCCACUGAGUAAUAUUACAGCAUAUGAAAGACCUGCUUACAGAGAGGUUGUCAUAUUAGCUGCAACAGUCUCAUCAGUUCAUAGAUUAAUCUUUCCACAUCCAGAAAGUUUUGAUAAAAAGUCAACUUUUGGAUCAAUGAGCACAUCAUCACCUUCAAUAUUUCAUGAUACCAGUCUUGUGAAUAAUCCUAAUAAUUAUUAUAUUUUAAAUCAAUAUUCAAAUGCAACUACGGGAGUAGCACACACGUGUGCCUCCUUGUUGCGUGAUACAGGAGAAGCUGUUUUUGCUCUGGCAUUUGGUUAUGGAGGAGAGGGCGGAUUAUUGCUUGUGAAACUACCUGUAUCAGGUACAGCGGUCACCACUGUUCUUAAAAGGGAGUCUGCAGUGCCAAGAUUCUUAUCUGGAAUUACUGGAGCAUUGAGGGGUAAAAGUGGCGCAGAUGGUGUAGAAACUUAUGGAGUGGCACUCACAAACAGUUUUGCAAUUGCGGUGUGUGGGGACACGUGUCUUCGAGCUUGGUCUUUGGAUGAUGGCGGCGCACCUGUGGUUGUGUCCUCGCCGCUUUCUCAAACUUUAGUCAGGCCUAAACCACCUCCUCAUGGUCACAUGUUACAGAAGACGACUGGCUCUGAUGGCAGUAUCAUAUUAGUAGCAUACUUAUCUUUUCCAAAUGAAUGUGAAUUUGUGGUUCUCAAAAUGCUCGACGGUGUAGCAGGAACUGUGAAGUUCUCAAAUAUUUGCCGCCUCUUCGGGCCACAGAUGGAUCUGCUGGAUUAUGCAAUCGGAUAUGGCGAUGGGACCAAUGUCAUCUGGGCGCUAUGGAGUCAAUCCGAUGGAGAGACAGUUAUAACUAGCAGCGGCGUGGGCGCGGCGGCGGGGUGGCGCGCGGCGGCGGCGCGCGCGGCGGCGGGCGCGCUGGCGCCGCAGCCGUCGCACCGCCACUACCGCGACCGCCUGCUCGCGCCCGCGCUCUUCCCGCCCGCCGUCAUCAGGAAGGCGCUCGCGAUAUACCGACGUACGUGGGGUGGAAACGAGACGUCCCUCGACGGAGACCUGGGCGAGUCUGCGAUUAACGCAGUACAGGCGCGAAUACAGCACCUGACCGCUCGAUCCGGAUCUACCGAUCAAUCUCAUCUUAUGCACAAAUGCUGGUCAGAUUUAUACAGUUGGUGUAUGCAGUAUAUGGAGGGCUUACAGAAACCGCUGGGUAUUAUAGUGUCUAAUCAUGCUACUGACAUUGAAAGCGGUUGGUGGUGCGCAGUCGUUCGUCGCGCCGGAAUUUCGCUUGUACGCGAAUUAGAGCCCCUUGAAAAGUUGAUGCUCUCACCUGAUACAUCUUUAGUUGACGCUGGAGUAGAUUGCGAGCGUACGAGCGAGCUGUCGCUGUCGGCGGAGGCAGUGCGCGUGGUGGCGGCGGGCGCGCGGUGGGAGCGCGCGGCGGGCGGCGGGUGUGCGGGGGCGGGGGCGGGGGCGGCGGGCGGCGCGGCCGAGCUGGAGCGGCGGCUGUUCGCCAGCAACGCGCCGCAGCACCGCCUGCUGCCGCGCCUGCUGCACCUGCUGCUCGCCGCGCCGCUCUCCACUGACGGCGCCGCCGAAGCCCAGCACCCGAUAUUAACUCCACAGCAGGUGGAUGAACUGACCUCUAUAUUGGAGCCAAUCAAAGAUCUACAGAAUGCCGUACUCGAAUUGAAUGAUGCAUUGAGAUUAGAUGUGCCCGAGAUUGACACAACUAAAAAUGAAGAUGACGAAUAUAAUGAGUAUGACAAUCUGUUCGCGAGCGAUUUGGGUGUAUCUAUACUUACUGAAGCGAUUCGGCAGAUGGCAGAAAUGAGAUCGCGCGUGGUGCGCGGGGCGGUGGCGGCGCUGGGCGCGGCGCGCGGCGCGGGCGGCGUGCCGGGCGCCGGCCACUGCGCCGUGCACUGGCAGGCCUACCGCGCCCUGCUGUGGCUGCGCGCGCAGUCGCUGCAGCGCCCGGCUGCCGGUUCGGCGGAAGCGUUCCGGCUGAAGCUGAGCGCGCUGGGCGCGGAGCCGGCGGCGGGCGCGUGCGAGGCGGCGGGCGCGUGCGCGGCGGAGAGCGUGGUGCAGGCGUACGCGCGCGGCGCGGGCGGCGCGCGCGCCCGGCGCCACCUGGCGGCCGCGCGCGCGCCGCCGCACUGCCACCACGCGCUGCCCCUGCUCGCCUACCACCUCGCGCACCAGCUAUGGGCCGUUAGCGGUGGUUUCGAAUUUGGUUGGUGGUUGGCGACUAUUAACCAACCGAGACUUGUACAGAAUUAUGUUGCAAUGCUUGAACCCUGGUGUGAAUGGAAUGCUUGUUCACGACAAUUCAUCUUGGGACUGUCGCUGCUGGACACGGAGGACCCGGAGGGUGCGUACACAGCGUUCUGCAAGGCCGCCAAGGGCGUCAGCACCGAGCCCUUCCUGCGGGCGCUCGUCGCCGCGCCCCACGCUCGCCUCACGCAGCACCACGCGCUCGUGCUUUACUAUAUGAAGGUCAUAAAAUUGUUCGAGAUCCACGACGCUGGCGCUUGUGUGGUUCGUCUUGCUGAGACUGCUAUUAGCAUUGCCGACAAGGAUGAUCCUAACUUGGCGAUGUUCCAAUGGCUGGUGUUCAAAUGGCAUCUAUCCGGCGGGCGAGUGUCGCGCGCGCUGGCCGCCGCCGCCGCCAGCCCGGCGCCGCACGCCCGCGCCGCCGCCGCCGCCACGCUCCUCACUACGCUCGCACGACGAAAGCAGCUGAGCGCGCUGGUGUCGUGCGCACCACUUGCGAGCGAAGCUGAGCGAGCGGCGGCCGCGCGUGCUAAACUGCACGACCCGAUCGGCCACAACCCCUACUACGACUUCCUAUACGCGCUCCACAUCUCCAGGCACCAUUACCGCAAAGCGGCGGCCGUGAUGUACGAGCGCGCGGCGCGGUGUGCAGCGGAGCGCGGCGGGUCGAGCGAGGGCGGCGCGGGGGAGGGCGCGCGGCGGCGGUGGCUCGCGGCCGCGCUCGUGUGCCUGCGGCUCGCACGCCCCGAGCACGCCUUCCUCGCGCGCCCCGCACCCCCCGCCUCCACCGCCGCCGUCCCCGCACUCGCCGACGCGCCCGCCGCCGACGGCGCCGACCGGCCCGCGCCCGCCUCGAGAUACUUGCAGGUCAUCGGGCCAGAAGAAUUAGCUGCCGAGUUACGUGACGAAGAUCCUGAAUCUAUGGAUCCCGUUCAACAAGCAUUACUCAAAAAUGAAGAUAUAGAUUUUGACAAACUGUACCCAUAUCUAAAAGAAGCAGAUCCUGAAACUUUACUGGCAGUGACAAAAAGAAUAUUGAGUACUGGCCAAUUCAUGCCACAUUGGUUUCUUCAGAGAUAUAUGGAGGCGGACGGCGCGGGGUGCGCGCGCGCGCUGCUGGCGGGCGGGCGCGCGGCGGCGGCGGGCGCGGCGUGCGCGGCGGCGGUGCGCGGCGCGCUGGCCGCGCUGCAGCCCGCCAGCCCCGCCGCGCCGCGCGCCGCGCCGCUCGCCGCCGCCGACCUGCUGCGCGCCGAGCUCGCGCCGCUCGCCGCCACCGACGCGUACGCUGCGCAGGUGUACAAUGAAUUAGAUUCGCUUAUAAAGGAAUACAUACAAGUGGUAAUGCGAACAUCGGAGGACAUGAAAGUUGCUCGAUUACAAAAUGCCAUUGUUCAUUAAUUAUGAUAAGUUUUAAUAAAAGAUUUUGUAUUUUAA